GGUCGUCGAGCUUCUUCUCAUCGUGCCAGUUCCGACUCCGAGGCGCGCGCAUCGAGCCGUUGAGCUAUUUGUAUAUUUUUUAUCCGCAUUUGCGAACCGCUUGAAUCUGUGUCUGUGCGACGCGAUUUUUUAUUCGACCGUGAGCCUCGAUGUGUGAUAUUCUAAAAAGUUCACAUUCGCGCGUAACGGAGAGCUGCGUUUGUCGUGCAGUCGCGCGAGGACGUUCAAACGGAAGGCGCGAGCCGGUUUGAUGCGUGUCUGUCAACAGCGCGGCGCGAUUUGUGCAAUUUUACAAGCUUGGAAAGCACCUCGAUUCAGCCCCGAAACCCUCCGCGGGUGAUCAAGAAUUAAGCGCAUUCGUGUUUGUCAGUGAAAGUUCUUGUUUCGUAUCGCAGGCGGUUUAAGCUCGAGCAUGGCGCAAUUUCACGAAGAUCCGGCGCUGCUCACGAAAGAGAAACUGAAGAGCGAGUUAAUAGCGAAUAAUGUUCCUCUGCCCAGCGCGGACAGCAAGAAAGAUGUUUAUGUUCAGCUUUACCUGAAGAACCUGACCGUGCUCAACAAGACACGCGCGUCACCGCCUGCAGACACUUUCUCAAGUGAUGAUGAGGACAGCAGCCGGGUCACCGGGAAGAAAGCCACAAGAAAGACGGACAGAGCUCGCGAGGACGAGAAGGACGCUUCAUCUCUGACCGAUGAAGAGUUGAAUAUUCAGCUUCAGAAAUAUGGCGUCCUCACCGGUCCCAUCGUCGCAUCCACUCGUAAGCUGUACGAGAAGAAGCUUCAGCAGUUUCUGGAUCAGCCUCUGGUGGAGACCACACUGCCCGAGCCCGAGACUGCCAUCCCAGAGGCCGUCACCAUCAAGGCAGAUGGAAAUCAGAAUGGAAACACACUUUCCUCUGAAGAUCAGUACAGUGACAAAGAAGACGAUUUCGUUCCAGAGCCGGUUCCUGUAGCGUCUAAGCCGGUCCGAAGCAGAGGGAAGCCCCCGGUCACCACCAGAACCGGCAGCAGACAGCGUGCCAAAGUGCAGGUGGAGGAGACGACCGCAACUGGUCUUCAGAAAACAUCCGUGGAUGGAGGAGACGCUUUAAAGGAAAUGUUCCCGAAUGAACACCGCACACCCACUGGAAUGAUGGCCACGUGUCGAAAGCCGAUCCACGGUGCGGCCGGACGUCCAGUGAAGCCUCUGAACCUCUGGUCAGAAGAGCCCGUCCUGCAGCAGGAGGUUUACACCGCCACCAAAUCCUCCCUCGCUGAAGUGCGCAGCACCAUGCCCGCCCCACCACCGAGACGCUGGUUCUCUUUCUGGUUAAAGGUCCUGCUGGUGCUCACACUGGCUGCGUGUCUGUACUACGCCUCCCAGAACGUCACCGCCGAUCAGAUUGACGCCUGUCAGGUCUUCGUCCAGGACAACGUGAUUACGCCUCUUGUUAAUUACAUGAGGUGGGAUAGUCGUGUUGGAAAAUGAGCUGCCGCACCUGUCGCCUUGCGCUUCAGCAUGCAUCACUGGCAGACUGAUUUUCUAGCUGUAUCUCAGUGUCUCAUCGGCAGGGGUCCAACAGUGAGGGGGGGGGUUUGCAGUUCAACCUAGCCGUGACGUCUGAAUAGACUUGUUUUACAGAUAGUCUUUUAAACUUUCGUGCAUCAUAUUGCUUUGCGAUUUUACUGUUUUGUAGCGUUAAAGAUGAUGUAGUGUGUAAUGUAGUGUUCGUUUAUGAUAGUGGACCAUUUGUCAAAUUCGCCAGCUCGGUUCAGAAUCUCAAAACGAGUUAAAAACCUUAAGUGCCAAAACAUGGCCAACAAGAGUUUGCUUUCACACACAUCAGGACCGGAUGAAAAAACCUGAAGCUGAGUAUUUGCAGAAACGUUUUUUAAAUAAUUGUGGCAAAGUUGAUUUAGAACCGCUGAAAUGAAGAGACCAGAUGAUGAGUUUUGGGCAGAAUUUGGGCGUAGAAUCUAGAAAAGUUUGUGUAGAUCAUUUGUAGCAUCAAAAUGUUCGAACUACAGAACAGCUCACAUAAUGUUUAUUUCUGUGCUGUUUGUCAAGUCUCACGUAGUCAAUAAUUCUUCAGCUCUGAUGAGAGUCUUGGUUCAUGAGUUUGUAAUAUUUUUAAAAUGUGAUAAUGAUGGAGAUUUUUAAAACCCAGAAUGAGAAUUCAAUUCACUGACCCUCUUCUGUCAUUGACUGAACCUAAUCACUGGUGUUCCUUUCUUUACUGUGAUUGAUCGAGUUGACAACGUUUGUCUUCUGAACAUAUUCACCAGAAUGAACUGUGCUCAAUUUCAGUCAGGAAUACAUUUGUGACAGAUAUCUUGGUUUUCAGGUUUGCUUUUAUAUUUUACUUUUUAACGGCAAUAUUUUUCUAACGUCUUCUGUAAAUGAAAAGCAUUUUUUAAACAAAGUGGUUAACUUUCACAAGGUUUGGUUUUGGUCUGCUGUGUCUCAGGCAGUAGACUGAGGUGUAAGUCAUAUUUGCACCGUUUAGGCAGCUAACUGGGGAAAAAUUGGUCAUUUGCAAUGAAUUAUUUAUGGUUGAUUCAAUGCAGUACUGGUGUAAAUAAAAAAGUUUUAAUUCUG